AUGAUCACCAAAAUAUUGAACGGGUGGCGCAUAUCAUUCUUUUUAAAUUUGGUGAUAUUCCUUGCGCAACAAUUAGGAUUGUAUUACAUAUUGUUUGAAUAUAACAAAUUGAUAUUGUUACUAUGUUUAUUUGACAUAUAUAUAUUUCUUCAUUUUUUUUUUAAUAAUUCUCAAUUAUUUAGUGCAGUGAAAGGUGGAAAAUGUUGGGUGUUGUAUGUAUAUUCUAUAUCAAUAAAAGUAAUAUUUAUGUAUUUCUUUGCAUUUAAUGAUGAUUUUUUUUUAGCAGAUAUGACUAAGGAUUAUUAUAAUAAGUGUUUAAUAUUUAUUCUAUUAAAUCUAAGUACAUUAAUAUAUACAGCAUUAUCUAUAAAAUCAUAUAAGCAAUUAUAUCAAGAUGAUAUAACCAUAUCAAAUGAAAAACUAUUUCAUAAUGAUUUAAUAUUACAUGUAGUAAUUGAUUUGUUUGAUAUGUUUGAAUUAUUAUUCACAUUAGUCAAAUUGUCAUAUAUUAUAAAAAAUACAAAUUUUUGGAUUAAAAUUAUGGGAGGCGUCCUAAUCUCCUUUUCUUUAUAUUUAAAUGCUUAUUCAUUUCCAAUCAUAUCAAUUGUAAGAGAAAAAAAUAAUAAAAAUUUAGAUCUAGGAGAUAUAUAUUUUUGUAAGAAACAUGCAGCAAUGAUUGGAAUUAUAUUAGUAGAUAUUCCUUUUAUGAUUCUAAGAUUUUAUUUUCUAGCAUUCUUUUUUUCUAAUGUCCAUUUUCAACCCCUCCUAAUUAAAAAUAUAUGUUUUAUACCUAUAAAAUGUAAAGCUAUUAAAAAUUGUAACCUAAUAUUUCAACAGAUGAAGAAAAAUAUUCAUCAUUCAGAGAAUCAUAGAAAUAAUAAAUAUAUCAACUCUCAACAAACUAGGAAUUAUGACACCUACUUUGAAAAUGCAGACAAAAAAAAAAAUAUACCCUUGUUAAAAAAUAACUCCUUUUUAUAUAAUAAUAAUGCAUUCCUUUCGUUUAGUGGUGCCUUGAGAAAUUCAUUGGAAAUGCGAUCCAUAUCGUCUAUAAGAAAUGAAAUAAAUAAGAAUAGGGCCUCUAAAGGUGAUGCUAAUAAGGAAAUGGGGCAUAAUAUAAAUGGGGGAACCCAAACACGGCACAGCCAAAAGAAAUAUAGCCAAACGAGCGACAUUCAAACGAAAUAUAGCCAAACGAGCGACAGUCAAACGAAAUAUAGCCAAUCGAAUGACAGCCAAACUAGCGACAGCCAAACGAGCGACAGCCAAACGAGAAACAGCCAAACGAGAAACAGCCAAACGAGAAACAGCCAAACGAGAAACAGCCAAACGAAAUAUAGCCAAACGAGAAACAGCCAAACGAGAAACAGCCAAACGAGAGACAGCCAAACGAAAUAUAGCCAAACGAAUGACCACCAAAAUAAUGACAAUCAAAUUCACUACAACAAUAUAACAAACGAUAAUCUUUUAAACAAUAAGGACUUCCUUGAAAUAAAUAAAUGUUAUGAUAACAAACUCUUGCGCGCAUCUAAUAACAGCAACACACACAACAAUGAUGAUAUAAAAAAAAUGAUAGAAUCGAAUACGACUAAACAUGAAGAGGAUAGAAAUAAUACAAUGCUAGAUAUAAAUGAAUAUAAUAACAAUAGUAAUGAUUUGAAUGAAUAUUUUGAUAGUUUAAUAGAAAAUAAUAUUUUGGCAUAUAGAAAAAUAAAUAUAAAAAAGAAUAAAAUAGGUACAAAAUUUAUUAUGAAUAAAUUAAUGUAUACAAAUGUAUCAAAUAAUGAAAGAUAUAGAUAUUAUUUAGAUGAUAAUUUAAAAGUAUCUUAUAUAAAUCAAUUAAGAUUAAUGAUUCCAUAUAUCACAUAUUGUCUAGGCAAAAUAGCUAUGUCUAUUGUUUUCUAUAUAUUUUAUAUCAAGUUUGAUAUAAGCUAUUUAAAAUUAAUAUUAACAGAUUAUAAAAUGUAUUUUAAAUUAUUUGAACCUAAAAAUAUCAUAUUUAUUGUUUCCUUUUCUAUAAUAUUAGGAAAUACAAUCAUAUCAUUCUUUUCAUUUAUUUUCUUAUCUUCUUUUUUUGAAGUAUUAUUAUCAACAUUAUUUAUAUUUAUUAAAUGUAUCUCAGAAUUUCUAUUCCUUCUAUUAUUAGUAUACAAUGAAGUAUUCGAAAUAUUUCUUAGAAAUAUUAAACAGCCAGAUAAAUAUGCUUCCUACUUCUUUCUAACAUUUUCUGUUAUUCCUUCAUUUAAAAUUAUUGCAAAUAUUUAUUUUUUUCUAUGUGCUCUAUCAGGACGACAGUUUAUAGCAUAUAUUAUCAGACCUUUUAUCAAAGAAAAAAACUUGAGUAAAUUACCAAACUUUUUUAAUCUAAAAGAAUAUAAUAAUAAUCAUAAUAGUAAUAACAAUAAUAAUAAUAAUAAUAUUUUUUCACACAAUAUGAACUAUUUAAAUGAAGAUUAUUAUUUAUUUAAUAAUAAUGAAAUGCAUACAAAAAAUACAGUCAAAGGAGAUUAUAAAGGAUUUAUAUCUAUCGCUUCUUUACUUAUAUAUAUUAAUACAAAAUACAUGCAUGGAUUAGCAUCCUUAUCAACCUUAAUGUUAGGAAAUAAUUUUGUGAAAAAUUUAAGACUAAAUUAUAAUUUAAGAAACAAUCAUAUACUACUUUUAUUUAUUAAUUUCUUUACAAGAUUAUCAUUAUUAUUAUUUGUUUAUGUGCAUUAUAAAACAAGUGAUCAAUUAUAUGAAUAUGUAGAAUAUUUCUAUUAUGUAGUCACUUUUAUAUUCAUAUUAGAUUUCAUUUUAAAAUGUAUCUAUAUGUUCAUAUCACAUAAUCUAAGAUUGUGUGCAGCAUAUCACUUAGAAUUAAAAUCUAUCUAUGAAGACAUUUAUUAUCAUAGCCAAAUUAAAAAGGAAUCAUCAAAAAUAUACUUAAAACAUUUAUAUAAUAAAUAUCAAACUAACAAUUUUUAUUACUACAACAUACCUCUCUUUUCAGAAUUUUUAUGA